UCGUGCCUAGUAGCCUAGUAGGAUGCUUUCUUCUCUUCGGCAUCUGGAACUCUCCAGAUCCGCGGCGACCUGUACGGACGGAGAGCCGCCUCGCCGCCGGUAAGGCAUCCCGAUGUCUGAAUCGAGUCUAGCUGCUUCUCAGGUAGUUUCCACUCCCCAAACAAGCAAAGAGGGAUCUCAGAGAGGAAAUUAUAGCUCCAAGAUUUCUCGUGUGAGGCCUCUAGGGUUCUUCUACUCCCACUUAUUGUUGGUGUGAGAAUCAUAUUUUUCUCUUCCGUUUGCUCAGAUUUACGCUUGCAGCAGUCUCUCAAUCGCAAUUCGGGCUGGUUAAAGGACAAACAUUGGGUUUGUUUCUCAGCCUUGGUUGUGAUUUUGAGAAUUUGUGUGUUGUAUUUAGUGUUCAUCUGUCACGUAAAAGAGAUGGAUAAAUCUAACCUAGAUUUACAACCUGAAGGGAGGUUUGAGUGUGAGUUGGAUGACUUAAAUAUACGUGAAGAUGAAGAGCAAGGGAUUAUCUUGGAAGCAGACCUGGAGAAAAUGAAGGCGGAGGCACUUUGGACAGCGCUAGCAAAGUUCUCAUGUUUAGGAGACUGGCGUAAGGUGAUGGAAGAAGGCCCUUGGUUAUUCAGAGGGAAUGUUGUCCUACUGGAGAAGUAUGAUGGGGUUACAAAACCAUCCACGGUGAAGUUUAAGAAAUUAGCUAUUUGGGCACGUGUCUAUGAUUUACCAACAUGUUUUAGAAAUGAGAAAAUUGGGCAUCAGCUAGGUGACAAGAUUGGUGAUACUUUAUGGGUAGAACCAGAUAAUGAUGUUAAGGGAUGGCGAGACUAUUUGCGCAUCAGGGUCAACAUGGAUAUUGAUAAGCCACUCACCAGAAUUAUCUUUGUGUCGUUUGGAAAAGAAGAGAAGCGGGAAGUCUUUCGUGUUAAAUAUGAGAAGUUACCUAAGUUUUGUGCUAUUUGUGGACUAAUAGGGCACACAAAAUUUGAAUGUGGUGAUGGUGUGCAUGACAAGAAGGCUAUCCAGUAUGGGGAUUGGUUAAGUGCUAGCCCAGAAAAGAAAUGGAAGGCGAAGGGGAGCAAUUCAUCGGGUUCAACAGACACAAAAGGGUCAGAUUCGUGGGAGUCGGAUCAGGGAAUCCACCCGAAGAAAAGCACCGAAUCUAAAUGUGAAGAAGGUAGUCACAAAGACUCAGUUGGGGAUUAUGAUGAUGUACAGGAAGAUGCAAGAAGCCUCAUGAAAAGAGGUAGGGACCAACAACAAAUGCCUAUUAGGAAGGGGGCUUCCAAGAGUCUAAUGUUAGGAAAUGGAGAACAUCUCAAUGUUAAUAUGACCAUGGCAACUGUUCCUGUUUCUAAUCAGAUAGGGAAUUUGGGGGGACAACCUAGGGAAACAUGAUGAUAUUUUGAUGAUAGCAAAUGAUGAUUCUUGGGAUUUGUACGAGGACGAAGAUUUAGAAGGGCAAGGCUCCAAAAGGUUUAGAAAGGUAACCGUGAAUGAACUUAUUGAUGACAUUCGAUCAGUGCGCUCCCUUGGGGAGUACCAUUGGGAGAAAUGAAAGCACUAUGUUAGAACUGUCGUGGAAUUGGCAACUCUGCGAUAGUGAGAGAACUUUGCGAUCUUGCGAAGGAGUAUGCCCCCCGAUGAUGUCACAAAUAGCUAAGACUUGAGUGGAGAAGUUAACUUGAGUGGAGAAGUUAAGGUACUUAUUGGGUCAUGAUAAUAGCUUUGCAUUUAGUAGUAGGAGGAGUGGUGGUCUAGGUGUCUUAUUAUGGAAUAAUGAGGUAUCUCUCAAGGUCACAAAAUACUCUUAGUACCAUACUAUAAGGAGAUACAUGAAAUGGAAAAGGACCUUGGAGGCUAGCAUUUGUUUAUGGAGAAGUGAAUCAUGUGGAAAGGCACAAGGCUUGGGAUUUACUUAAAUUCAUUAAAAUUCAUAACCCUUGGCCAUGGAUAUGUAUGGGAGAUUUCAAUGAAAUUUUGCAGCUCCAGAAAUAGUUGUGCCCAAACCCCAGAGAAGAAUACCUAACAGCGGGAUCAAGAAGUAGUAGAUAUGUGCAACUUUUGUGAUAUUUGGUACAUGGGCUUAGAUUGGACAUGGAGAAAAAGGUGUCCAAUGGUGUCUAUGUUCGAGUUAGGCUGGAUCAUGCACUUGCCACAAUUGAUGGAUGCAACAUGUUCCCUAUGACAUCACUGAGGCAUUUAACUAUAUAUGGUGAAAUCAGAUCACUCACCAAUACUCUUAUCUACACAGCAAGAAGAUUGUUGUGCACGUGGUGCUUCUAGAGGAAGACUGUUUGGGUAUGAGGUUAUGUGGAGAACAAAUAAAGUUCUUUCAUCAUUGAUCUCACAAGUGUGGAAUGAUGUUACGCACUGUGAAAAUCUUAUGGAGUUAAAUAGAAAGUUAUCUUGGCUAGCAAGUACGCUCCAGCUUAAGUGCCUCAUUAAACACAUACAGAUGUUGGUGCACACAAAUGUCUUAGAGAUCGAGGAAUGGCCUAUAAUGAAGCAAUAUCUUUGGCGCUAGCUGUUGGUGUACACAAAUGUGUAAUAGCUUUGGAUUGUUUGGAAGUCAUUGUGAAUCUUUAGAAGCAAAAUAUGUGCUUACUCCACGAUUUUAAGGGAUAUUAAAAAUAGGAGUACUUUGUUUCAGGAUGUAAUUUUCAAGCAUGAAAGUAGUUGUUCCAACAAUGAGGUUCAUGGUAUUGCUAAAGACACCAAGGAGAUGUGUUUGGCUUCAUCAAUGACCAAACAUAUUGCAUGUACCUAGAAACAUUAUGACUGUUGUUAAUAAUUAACAUGCCCGCCUUCCUCUAAG